GAACCCGAGUUGGCUUAGUGUGCUGGUAAGAUAUGUCUCAAAGCAUCAGAAACCCCAAAAAAAGUAUUCUUCCAAGCUUUCCAAAAACUUCCUAGGUCCAAAUUUAUCCCUAGAUUUCCCAAGAGCCAGGGCGGGACGAAACGAAUCUUUCAAGGUUUGCACAAACCAUCCACUACAUUUCUAUACGUCUUAUAAGUCUUCGUCUUCCAUUUCAACCACCCCUACCACAAAAUUCAAAACCCGCCCACACAUACCUAGACCAUUGCACAACAUCCACUGACCACACAUCAAUCACGUCCCCGCUACCCAAACAAUCCACCCCGGGCCCAAUACCCAUACACCCACACCAUACAUACACUUGGACUAAAAACACCAUUUACCAUCAUCCCUACUUUCCAUUCUCAUCCCAGAAAAGUCCCAAAAAAUCUACCCCUACCCUGAGUUUAUCCGAUCGAAACUGUACAGGAUCCGUGCUACCCAUACCAAAACACGCAUCACCCCUCCCCAGAAGCAUCCUCACUACCCCCCUGUUAUGACCUUGAUCGUUGUCGCGCCCGCCAAUAAAAUGUUUUCGUCAGAAUCCCUACGUCCCUGGCUUACCUGGAAAUCAAUGUAUAUCAUUGUCAUACCUCCCAUCGCCGACUAUACUUUACAAGACAUAAGCCCCAUCCUCAACCCGAUAUUGUCUUUCCCAUUUCAACAUCUUCAUACCAAUCCAUCGGUUUCCUGUUCUCAAAUAUAACUCCAGUCCAUUCAUCUUCAAUAUCAUCGAUAACUAGCAUUUGCUUUCAUCUCUUUUGAAAGAAAAAAAUCCUAUCUACGCGACUCAGUCACCCAUCAGAGCGUUGCGUUUCGAACCAUUAAAAUCUUAACCACACAGACUCUCUUGGCUCAAGCUUUUUCCCUACUUUCCGCUUCAACUGAAAGGGUCACCCUUCAUCCCAAGAAAAUCGCAUUUUCUCAUCGCCACUGCCGCCAUCACAAGUCUAGAUCGAGAGACUAGAUUGAAGCAUCCCAAAACCAGGAGACCACCACAAUAUCUAGCGUCAUCCCCACUUGUAACAUCUUUCUUAAGACUCCCAGGACCAAGUACAGCACCGAGCGACGGUUCUCUUAUAAGGGUAGUCGCGGAUACUUUCAGUCGUUGAGCAGCCGUUAGUUCGUGUCCCAGGCUCAGGUACACAGCCAAAAUACAUCCCUUGAUCCCUCGCGUUUUUGGAAAACAUCCACUUGCUAGUCCGCGGCCCAACCGUGCACUUGAGCUCUUCGACAUCUUUUCGAGGCCUUGACCGCUCUUGUGGUAUCUUUACACGAAUUUCCAAUUCCAUCUUAGGGCCGUUGACCGAUUAGGAGCUUCCUAUAUCCCAACGUCUUUGCCCAUAGACCUAACGACCGAUCAUCAUCACCUUCAUUUUGAUUUUGAUUUUCUGUCUUUAUCUUCAACUUUAUCAUUCAGUAUCCAGUAUUCUUCAAAAUGUCAUCAUCUCAUCGACGUGGGCCUUGGUCGCCAGCUGAAGAUUCGUACUUGGUACAACUUGUUCAUACACAAGGAGCUUUGAACUGGGUGAGAAUUGCACAACUCAUCGGUUCAAGAUCGCCAAAGCAAUGUCGAGAACGUUACCAUCAAAACCUCAAGCCAACCUUAAACCACGAUCCAAUCAGUCCCGAAGAGGGACUUCAAAUCGAAAGAUUGGUAGGAGAGAUGGGUAAGAGAUGGGCCGAAAUCGCUCGAAGACUUCAAGGACGAAGUGACAACGCCGUAAAGAAUUGGUGGAAUGGAAGCAUGAACCGAAGACGUCGUUUGGUUCUUCGUAGAAGAACAUCAUCCCACUCACAUUCCUUCAACGAGCAAUCUGAAACCCUAUCAUUCGCACGACCAGUUCAUUCCCAUUCUCACACCACAUCUCGCCACAUUGACACCUUUUCAUCCCGAAGAAUACACGCUUCUCUCCCUUCACCAUCAGUAUCCGAAGCAUCUCGAGCAGAAUCACUCGAUGGUGCUCCCUCCUUGAUCUCAGACACCUGCUCAAACUUCUCCAUCUCUCCCAGAGUAGCAUCCUCGCCCUCCCUUGAACUCCCACCUCUCUCCUCAUUCGACCGUCUCAACUCUCGAAGACCAUCUCUCCCACAACUUCAAAUUAGACCUAACACUUCACCAUACGCAUCGGAAUUUGAAUCGCAAUCAUUAUGUCAUCCAUCAUUAGAAAGAGAAUCGUAUUACACUCACGCACAUUUCAACUCGAUGAAAUCUUCUCAUCACAGCAGAGGCCCGAGCGUUGCGAGUAUAUCCGUGAAUUAUCCACAACUCCGCGCAGAGCAACAGUACCCCAGUUCGCUACCUCCAUCGCCACCUCGCGACUCACAUCAUCAACACGAGUAUUAUAUCUCAGGGCGUGCACAGCAACAAGAAACUCCAAGGGGAGCUCCACAGCCAUUGACUGCGCCGCCAAGUCCUCAACAUAUUCAGUUGGCUCCAAUCAGAUCGAUCAGUCCUGGGAAUACUUAUUCACGGGAGGCAAAAGAGAGGGACACGAGGAUGCAACUUACGAACCUUCUACUAUGAUCGAGUAAAGUUGGAUGGGUUUAGAAGAUAGAUAUUUCUUUUGUGUAUAUCAAAAGUAACUUAGGGAAGGACGGAACUCUAAAAGAAUCACAGCAUCAUUUCAUGUACGCAAGCAAGCGAACGCAUUUCUUACGUGUCUAAUGCCUAUAUACGGCUGUAUAUCUUGUUUUUAUAGUAUAGUUAUUGUUUUACUCUACUGUCUACAGUAUGGAUUGGGAGGCUGCCGUCAUUUUUAUGCAUUUGUAGAUACCCUGGAUUGAAUGGACGAUGAAUGGAUGAUGGAUAGGAUAGGACAGGAUAGUCACAAACAAAUAAACAAACAAACCAAUAAUAUACAUAAUCAAAACACACUAUUUCGAUACUCUACUUCGUGCAAACCUGACUGUUGCUUCUCAUGAGACGGCGAUCUGAAUGCCUAGAAACCAAAAGAGAGUGGACGCA